GUCACAACACCAAACUUCCCUGUAGUGGUCAAGCUGGGACAUGCUCAUGCUGGAAUGGGAAAGGUCAAAGUUGAGAACCAGCACGACUUCCGGGACAUGGCCAGCAUAGUAGCCAUGGCAAAAACCUACGCCACCACCGAGCCGUUCAUUGACUCCAAGUAUGACAUCCGAAUCCAGAAAAUCGGCAGCAACUACAAGGCUUACAUGAGGACAUCCAUCUCUGGAAACUGGAAGGCAAACACGGGUUCUGCGAUGCUAGAACAGAUUGCAAUGACAGAGAGGUACAGACUCUGGGCAGAUGCCUGCGCGGAAAUGUUUGGAGGUCUUGACAUCUGUGCUGUCAAAGCUGUCCACAGCAAAGAUGGAAAGGACUAUAUCAUUGAGGUGAUGGACAGCUCAAUGCCCCUGAUUGGGGAACAUGUAGAAGAGGACAGACAACUUAUAGCUGAUCUGGUUGUUUCCAAAAUGACUCAGCUUGUCAUCACUGCUGGAUCUACGCCAUCACCACUGAGACCUUGGCCUCCACAAGUUCAGCCUGCACCAAUGAAAUCUCAGACUGGACCUCAGCUUGGACAACUGUCCCAACCACGGCCUCCUCCUCAAGGUGGCCCCCGCCAGCCUCAGGGAUCUCAGCCUCCACGGACAAACGCACCUCCACAGCAGCGGCUCUCUCCUCAAGGACAGCAGCCCCAGAGCCCCCAGUCCACUUCCCCUCAGCAGCAGAGGUCACCUGGAUCUCCACAGCAAGUCCGAUCAGCAAGUGGGUCCUCUCCAGUCCAGGCUCCCAAGCCAGGCGUGUUCCCUCCGCAGCAGCCUAGACCUCCUGCUCAAGGGCGUGCUCCUAGCCAGCCAAGCCCCACUGAAACGUCCAAGCAGCAACCCACCCCUCACCCACAUCUGAACAAAUCGCAGUCCCUGACAAACACCUUCAGCAUAUCUGAAUCAUCUCAGCGGGGAAACACCAAUGAAGAUGAAGCAAAAGCUGAGACCAUCCGCAACCUGAGGAAAUCAUUUGCAAGCCUGUUUUCUGAUUAACAGCCCUGCAGCUGUGCUUCUGCCAGCCCUCACUCUUCGUAUCAGCAUACCUGAUGUCAUCCUGUAACACGCUCAAUGGCACCCAGCGAUUUACAACUAACACCUGGGUAAAUGGAAUUUGGAAAACU